UAGAACUUCCUUCGUUCGCUCAAAAAAAUUUUCCAAGAUGCGAGAAAUUGUUCAUCUUCAGGCUGGCCAGUGCGGUAACCAAAUCGGAGCUAAGUUCUGGGAGGUUAUCUCGGACGAGCACGGCAUCGAUCCAACUGGCACUUACCACGGCGAUUCCGACCUCCAGUUGGAAAGGAUCAACGUUUAUUAUAAUGAAGCUACAGGUGGAAAGUAUGUUCCCAGAGCUUGUCUCGUCGAUUUGGAACCCGGUACGAUGGAUUCCGUUCGUUCAGGUCCCUUCGGACAAAUCUUCAGGCCAGACAACUUUGUCUUCGGUCAAAGCGGAGCUGGAAACAACUGGGCUAAAGGACACUACACCGAGGGAGCUGAGUUGGUAGACUCUGUACUCGAUGUGGUUCGCAAAGAAGCAGAAGGCUGUGACUGUCUGCAAGGUUUUCAACUCACACACUCGCUCGGCGGCGGAACCGGCUCGGGUAUGGGAACCCUUCUCAUUUCGAAGAUCAGAGAAGAAUAUCCUGACAGAAUCAUGAACACCUUCAGCGUCGUACCGUCACCAAAAGUAUCAGACACCGUUGUGGAGCCUUACAACGCCACUCUGUCCGUACAUCAGUUGGUUGAGAACACAGAUGAAACAUACUGCAUCGACAAUGAAGCACUUUACGAUAUCUGCUUCCGAACUCUGAAGCUCACCACACCAACCUAUGGCGACUUGAACCACCUUGUAUCAGCUACCAUGAGCGGUGUAACAACUUGCCUUCGAUUCCCUGGCCAGUUGAAUGCAGAUCUCAGGAAAUUGGCAGUGAACAUGGUUCCUUUCCCGCGUCUUCACUUCUUCAUGCCUGGAUUUGCUCCCCUCACAAGCAGAGGAUCCCAGCAGUACCGUGCACUCACUGUACCAGAGCUUACCCAACAGAUGUUUGACGCCAAGAACAUGAUGGCUGCCUGUGAUCCAAGGCAUGGACGUUACCUAACUGUGGCAACAAUGUUCCGUGGCCGUAUGUCCAUGAAGGAAGUUGAUGAACAGAUGUUGAACGUGCAGAACAAGAACAGCUCCUACUUUGUGGAAUGGAUCCCCAACAAUGUGAAGACCGCUGUCUGUGAUAUCCCUCCCCGUGGAUUGAAGAUGUCCUCUACCUUCAUUGGCAACAGCACAGCCAUCCAGGAACUGUUCAAGCGAAUCAGCGAACAGUUCACCGCUAUGUUCAGGCGCAAAGCCUUCUUGCAUUGGUACACUGGAGAGGGUAUGGAUGAGAUGGAGUUCACCGAGGCUGAAUCCAACAUGAACGAUCUUGUUUCUGAGUACCAACAGUACCAGGAUGCCACGGCAGAAGACGAAGGAGAGUUUGACGAAGAGGAAGAGGCUGGAGACGAGGACGCAGCAUAAAUUGUGUGAAGACCCAAAGUAACAAUUCGCAGGAAAUACAUGAACUUUUCCAUAUCUUGAAAUUAAACAGGAUGUUCUAGCUGCUUGCCUCACAACUACUGGUUUUAUUUCUAGCGAAUAACCAAACUUGAAACGACUCUUAGGCUUUUUUAUUUCCUUAAAAUGUAGGUAGGGCCUUAGAACACUCUGAAAAUUUGAUGUAGCAGUAACCGUAUUCAAACUAGUCUUUCCGUAGUUUAAACUGUUAACGAUUUCUGGACAAUAAAGACAACGAAUUCCUGCAUAUAA